AUGAGCUCCGACGCUGAAGAUGCGCGAAAAAAGUAUGAAAUAGCACUGGCGAUUGCUGCAGUGGCAUCGUUAGAAAUGGACGUCGAGGCAUCAAGCAAAAGGGUGCGCGAUAUACGGCGGCGUCUCAUCGCCAACAACUGCCUGUUGACGGCGCUCGCUUCAUCGCGACGCGCAGUUCAGCGACGGGUCUGGGCCUAUCGUCGCCAUGAACAAUGGUUCGAGAAAACGCUACCAAACCUUGGCAGCCGGCAUUUCAAGCAGUCUUUCCGGGUAUCGGAAACGACGUUCAGAUACUUGGUUGACGUUUGCCGGCCAGCAAUGCAACGACAAGCGACCAACAUGCGCGAGUGCGUCGCCCUAGAAAAGCGUGUGGCGGUGAGCUUGUAUAAGCUGUGCUCGUGCGCGGAGGACAGGGCAAUAGCAGACAUCUUUGGCAUUGGUCGUUCUACCGUGAACGUGAUCUACAGGGAAUUUUGUGCGACUGUUGUUGCCACCCUCGAGAAAGAAUGGGUCAAAAUGCCUUCACCGGACGACAUGCCAGCGCACAUAAAAGAAUUUCAGGCAGUGUGCGACUUUCCGCAAGGCGUCGGGGCCCUGGACGGCUGUCGCAUACCAGUAUCGCCGCCAAAGGAGCACGCAAGUGAUUACUACAACUACAAAGGCUGGUACAGCAUCAUAUUGCUCGCCCUGGUCGACCAUAAGUACCGGUUCAGGUACGUGAACGUCGGUUCACCAGGGCGCUGUCACGAUGCGUAUGUGUACCGCCAGUCAGUAUUGGCCGAUAUGGUUGAGGGACCCUUGUUCCAAGCCCCAACAGCAACAAUCAGCGGAGUUGUGGUACCACCGUUGAUCCUGUGCGACCAGGCGUUUCCGCUGACUUCUAACUUGAUGAAACCCUUCAAGAGCUUUGGAGAGAACGAUCUGCACAGGUCGUACAACUAUAAUUUAUCAAGGUCCCGAAGGAUUGUUGAAAACGCGUUCGGGAGGCUCAAAGCUCGAUUUAGGCUGGUUCUUAAGAAAAUGGACGCCGACAUUACGAAUGUGCCAAUGAUCGUAAGGGCCUGUUGUGUGCUCCACAACAUAUGUGAACACUUUUCAGACUCUCUUUCACAGCAGUGGCUGCAAGAGUCUGAUAUUGAAAGUAUGGUGUAUGUGCAACCUGAACAUUCUACAGAUGUGCAAGUUGGGAGUGGACCAGAUGUUCGAGGAGCCCUCGUUGAAUAUUACCGCGAGCGUGAAGGCCACCAAAGUUUGUGA